UACAGCGCGGUGCACGAUGGACUCUGCGCGAGUGGUUUGGCCAUGACAUCAGUUGCUGUGGCUUCGUCGCUGCCGGCAGCGCAUCAACCCAGGCGCCGAGCUCGUUAGCAGCCUCUAGCCAGCGCAUCCGCCGUAUUCUCUGCUUUUGCUUCUUCCAAGACAUCAUCACGAGCGAGAGAGGGAGAGAGGCCACCCGUCCUCAGCCUCAAACAAUCCGCAGCCGCAUCACAUACAUACGUACAACCGUCGUCGUCGUCAGUUCGUGGCGCAACGGCUUGGGUUCGAGUCGAAGCAAGCAUGCGUGCUUGGUGCUGACUCACUCUCACUCUGCUUCAACGUACGAGGCACUCGCUGUGUGCAGUGAGCAGUGCAUGCAGCGCAGAGCAGUGCACAAAACAAAACACACGUCCCCCUAUCAUCUCGCUCAUCCCCCUGCUGCUCAAACAUGGGUUCAAACACUCUCCACAUCGCAAGCCUCACCCCCGUCUUCCCUACCCAUUGCCCAUCCCAACCCGAUUCCAAUCUCCCACCCGACCCCGUUGCUGACCCAUCAUCUCAUCAACAUCCAACCCCUCGGCACGGAGCUUGCACCCCCCCGAUUACCUCCGCCCUCAAUGCUGUCCGUCCGCCUGUCAUCGCUCCAACUUGACCCGGACCAGGUGCUCGGACGAAUCAAUUCAAUGUUGCCACUCUCCAUCUCCAAGCUCUACAGUUGACUGUCGCCGAAUCAGACGUGCCGCCCUCGUCCUUGUUUGCAGUACGCGCUAGCAAUCACCACAUCUACUUUCUGCAAACUGCGAGUGAAUUACCAAUACGAAAUACGCGUAUAUCAGGACUCAACGCGGAACAGAAUCCAAUUCAUUGUUCCCACCCCUUAUUUCCAAUCAUUAUGCCGCUCCCCAAGCUUGUCAUACCACUCCUCUCAGGCUAAUAAACCUAAACACUUCACCCUGUACCAUCACACGAUUCCGGCCCAUCGCAAUCUCUUUUGUCCCAAAUUUUCUUCACUAUGUUCCCUUUUCGAUACUUUUUUUCUGCUCUUUUUUUUUUUUUACCCGGCCAUGUCUUAAUCCUACGCUUAAGCGCCGCGCCGUUUUUUGUCUUCGCCUCUUUUUCCCAAUUCUUCAACUUAUGGGUCCCUGGGUCUUGACUUUUGACUUU